AUGAACCGGUGCGCCGAGGCUGCGGCGGUGGCGGCCACGGUGCCGGGUGCGGGCGUCGGAGAUGCGGGGCUGCGGCCGCCCAUGGUGCCCCGCCAGGCGUCCUUCAUCCCGCCGCCCGUGCCCAACCCCUUCGUGCAGCAGACCCAGAUGAGCGCGGGGAGCCGGCUGCAGAUGCUUCUUCUUGGAAUUAUCCUGCUCCCCAUCCGUGCCUUACUGGUUGGAUUGAUUUUAUUACUGGCGUGGCCAUUUGCUGCAAUUUCAACAGCAUGCUGUCCUGAAAAGCUGACUCAUCCAAUAACAGGUUGGAGGAGGAAAAUCACUCAAUCUGCUUUGAAAUUUCUGGGUCGCAUCAUGUUCUUCUCCAUGGGAUUCACCGUUACGGUGAAAGGAGAGGUCGCAGGUCCCCUGGAAGCUCCCGUUUUUGUGGUUGCGCCUCAUUCAACAUUCUUCGAUGGGAUCGCCUGCGUCAUAGCCGGGAUGCCUUCCAUAGUUUCCCGAAAUGAGAAUGCACACGUUCCUCUGAUUGGCAGACUAUUGCGGGCUUUGCAGCCAGUGUUGGUCUCCCGUGUGGAUCCAGAUUCCCGAAAAAACACAAUAAAUGAAAUAAUAAAGCGAACAGCAUCAGGCGGGGAAUGGCCCCAGAUACUAGUUUUCCCAGAAGGCACUUGUACAAAUCGUUCCUGUUUGAUUACUUUUAAACCAGGAGCCUUCAUUCCUGGGGUCCCAGUGCAACCUAUCCUCCUCAGAUACCCAAACAAGCUGGACACGGUGACCUGGACGUGGCAAGGAUAUACCUUCCUGCAGCUCUGCGUGCUCACCUUCUGCCAGCCCUUCACGAAGGUGGAAGUGGAGUUUUUGCCUGUUCAGGUACCUGAUGAGGAAGAAAAGCGAGAUCCUGUCCUUUUUGCCCACAAAGUCCGGAAUAUCAUGGCAGACGCUCUGAAAAUACCAGUCACAGAUCACACCUAUGAAGAUUGCAGACUGAUGAUCUCAGCAGGUCAGCUAACCCUGCCUAUGGAAGCUGGGUUGGUGGAAUUUACUAAAAUUAGCCGGAAAUUGAAACUGGAUUGGAACGGCAUCCGGAAGCAAUUGGAUGAAUAUGCAGCUAUUGCAAGUGCCUCAAAAGGAGGAAGAAUUGGAAUAGAAGAAUUUGCAGAGUAUCUAAAGUUGCCGGUUUCCGAUGUCUUGAAACAACUUUUCGCCCUCUUCGACAGGAACCACGAUGGCAGUAUCGACUUCCGAGAGUAUGUGAUCGGCCUGGCGGUCUUGUGCAAUCCUGCCAACACCGAGGAAAUCAUCCAGGUGGCAUUUAAGCUCUUUGAUGUUGACGAGGAUGGCUUCAUCAGGGAGGACGAGUUCUCCACCAUUCUGCAGGCUUCCCUGGGAGUGCCUGACCUGGAUGUCUCCGGCCUCUUCAAGGAAAUCGCCCAGGGGGAUUCUAUUUCCUAUGAGGAAUUUAAAAGUUUUGCCCUAAGGCAUCCGGAAUAUGCUAAACUAUUUACCACAUACUUAGACCUCCAGACCUGCCAUGUGUUUUCCUUACCGGAGGAAGUCCAAGCAGCUCCCUUACUUGCCAGCAAUAAAGUCAGUCCUGAGAACCAUGAAGAAAGCACCUCGGGCAAAAAAGAUGACUGAAGGCGGCUAUUUCCAAAGAGGAGCCCGCACUGGCUUCCGCUUGAGGUUGGAGACCCGUCCGUUGACUUUUAAAUGUACUUGGUGCAUACAGAGGAUGCUCGGGAUGGAGAUGUGUUCAAAGGGAAAAUUAUGCAGUUUCUUAUUAGAAUUGUUCUUAAUUGCAUAUGGACAUUAGCAUCAUUUUCUUUUGUAUCAGAUUGUGCUGUGUGUUUACUGAUUAGUUUGCUUGGUGGCAAAUAGCAAGUUUUCUUGAAUUUUGCAACUGAAUCUGCACAUCCCGAGGAAUGCAGUGGCCUUCCAUAGUAACAUCAACUCAACACAUUUUCAAAGGAUGAGGGGCCUUCAAAAAUUUCGUGGAAAAGUUCCAUGCUAUUUUAAUUCCCCUUUUUCCAGGAACCGUGUGAAGGCCCCACCCUCCCCCUUAUAAACACCUUUAAUCUACCUUCCUCUAAAGGAAAAAAUAAAGGUAAUAUUCUCUUAUCUCUAAUCCAUUUCCAUUAGGAGAAUAAGAAUGGAGAGUCUGAGAAGCAUAGCAGGAUUUUGUACCUUGAAUUUCUUACAUCCAUUUUCCCCCUAUUCGUGUUUCAGUCUCUGAGCUCCCCAUGUAUGGGUGGGCUGGAAGAGGGGGCUCCAGCCACCAGAGGACACUCCUUCUGAGCUCAGAUUCUCCUGAGUGUGCAUCUGUAUGGAAGAUUUCUUUUGCAGUCCCCAUUGCAAGGAAGUCAUAUCCUUUUACAUGAUCGAGGUUUAGAGAAGGGUUUUAGAACUCCGUCUUAAAGACGGCUACUUUGCCAAAGGCUAAGUGGGAAUUGCCUUAUUGGAGGCCUAAUGAGCAUUGAUGGCCUAAUGAGAAUAAUGAAUUGCGUGCCACAGAGUCCAAUUUAAUUUGAAUUGGAUGGUUCAGCAUGACGAGAGCUUGUCCAAUAAAUGAAUCAGAUUUGCUCUGUUUAUAUAUUAGUCAGAUGAAGAUUGUUUGCCAUAAGUGAGGGUUUUAUUUAAGUGUUGCCUCGAAUUGUAUUGAUGUAAUGCUGAGAUACUUCGAAGAGAACACACAAAAGAUUCCACUGCCUCCCUCACCCAAGGCCAGAGACUCCCAAAGCCUCAGAGCACCCAUGUUACCGCCCAACAGGGAUCUUCAGAAUGGCAUUUUCCUUCAAAGUUAAGCAAUCAUCUAUUUCAAGUGCCAUUUUUAUUGGGUCCUAUGUAUGUAGCUUGUCGAUGGUAUACUGUGUAACCUCUAUUUUUGAGAUUUUGAAUGGUUCAUUACUAUAAGGCACAAAAUAGUUUGUGUUCUGCAGUUAUCUCUGGACCUAGAGCUCUUUGCUUUGGCUGUGGUUCUGAACGGGUGGGCGAGUCUCCCCAGCCUAGUUCAUGCUUAUGUCCGCUAUCAUUCAAGUGGGGGCAAGCUCCCAGGAGAGGUGUUGGAGGUGACGCUUGGUCGAGGAUCAUGAUGCCAAGCUAGCUUUCAUAGCUAUGACAAGAGCUUAAAAUAUCUGUGGAAAUUAAGCAUCAAAAUCCUAAAGCUAUUUAGACAACAUAUUAAAUGAGCCAAAAAUAAUAGUUUAAAUAAUGAGCAAGAUUUGUCCUUAUAAUAGUAUUUGUCAUCUGCCAUUAAAUGUAUGUCAUACUCGGGUACCAUGAUGUAUUUUUAUCACAGAAAAACCAUCUAUUAUUUUCACAGUCAUGAAAGACUGGCAUUAUUAAUUAAAGGCUUUUUAUGUGGCUCUUGCAAAUGUUCCCAUGAUUUUGUUUUAAAAUACUGUUUUAUGCUGUUUAAUUCCACUAGUCUGGCAAUGUAAUAUUCCUGUUUUAUUAGUAUGUUACUGAAUAAACAAGCUUCCUACAUAAAAUCAUUUUGGCCUUUA